AUAUAUAUACAUAUAUCUGAAUACUUUACUUUAUGGUUUCAUCAAAUUAUGAACUAUAAAUAUGUACUUUUUUAUGUUGCAUACGAGUAAUGGAGAUGUAAUUUUUAUAUCAAUUGGGCUUAAAAUAGAAAUUAGCUAAUGGCAAUUAACUAUUACUGAAUAUUUUUUUAAUCUGACCAAGGAAUGUUUAAAAGCUUAAAUGUGGAAUAGUUGUAAUAAAGUUAAUAAGGAUAAAAAAACCAGGUCAAUGAAAAUGCCCCGUCCCUCGCUCAAUGAAUUUUUCACACUAUAGUUUUCAGUGCCAGCCUGCGUUGGACAUUCCAAGCAAGAUGGCGAAAAUGGAGGCGGAGGAAGAGACAAACACUUCAACUAAAGAAGUUGAAAGCUCACAGCCAACUGAUGUGAACAAAGCUACCUCAGAAACGCCUGAGCAAAAAGAAGCUAAUAAAGAAAAUGGUUUCACCAACAAUAUAAAUACAACAGAGAACAAGAUGUCCUAUAAGAAACUUAGCGGAGAACAUUGUUAUGUUCAGAAGCCUGAUGGUGAAUGGCAAUUGUGUGAAAUAAUUCACAGCAGAAAACAGGCUGACGGCAGCUUAGAUUAUUAUGUUCAUUAUCAUGGCUCUAACAGACGUCUGGAUGAAUGGGUGCCACAUAACAGGGUGGACAGAACUCGGCCAGUCCCUGAACUGGAUAACAAACCUACUGUUGACUUGGAUGGAGAAAGUGAAAGAAAAAUCACACGGAAUCAGAAACGAAAACAUGAUGAGAUUAACCAUGUUCAAAAAACCUAUGAUGAAAUGGAUCCAACUACAGCUGCAUUAGAAAAAGAACAUGAAGCUAUUACUAGAGUAAAAUAUGUUGAUUCCAUUGAAAUGGGAAAAUAUGAAAUCGAUACUUGGUACUACAGUCCAUAUCCCGAUGAGUAUUCAAAACAAAAGAAAUUGUUUAUAUGUGAAUAUUGCAUCAAGUAUAUGAAGUUUGAGUCAACUUAUCGAAGACAUACUGGAAAAUGCAAGUUACGCCAACCUCCUGGCCGUGAAAUAUAUCGCAAGGGUCCUCUGUCUGUAUAUGAAGUAGAUGGCAAAGAUCAAAAGAUUUAUUGCCAGAAUAUUUGUCUUCUUGCUAAACUAUUUCUUGACCAUAAGACGUUAUACUUUGACGUGGAGCCAUUUUUAUUUUACGUUCUUACUUAUGUUGACCGAGAAGGAGCUCAUAUGGUUGGCUAUUUCUCAAAGGAAAAAGAUUCACCUGAAGGAAACAACGUAGCUUGCAUCUUAACGCUACCUCCUUACCAAAGAAAAGGAUAUGGGAAAUUUCUUAUUGCGUUCAGUUAUGAACUGUCCAAAAUUGAAGGGAUGAUCAGUUCACCCGAGAAACCAUUAUCGGACUUAGGUAAACUCAGCUACAGAAGUUAUUGGUCUUUUGUGUUAUUGGAUGUGCUAAAGAACUCAUCAGGGACUUUAUCUAUCAAAGAUUUAAGUGCAUUGACAAGUAUCACCAUAGAAGACAUCAUAGGGACCUUACAAUCCUUAAAUAUGGUCAAGUAUUGGAAAGGUCAGCAUGUAAUUUGCGUAACGCCUAAACUUGUCGAAGAUCAUUUGAAAGCGUAUCCGCUGAAACAACCUGCAAUCAAUAUUGAUCGAUCUUGCCUUCGAUGGUCACCACCUUAUAAAAAAAUUAAGGUGAAAAAGUAAAUCGUUUAUUAGUUUACAACUAGUUCUCGUGUUUUCCAAGCUAUUAACGUUUCGCCGGCGGUAACGUUGUGUUAGCUCUGUUCUAAACAUUGAUGAAUCCUUUCGAAAUGCGGGCGGAAGAGAAGUCAUUGACCAUGUCAACGUAAUUUAUCAAACACAAAAGAUACAUCUCCCAUAAAGGACCACCCUAAUGUAAAAGAUAUAUCGACUUAUGAAGUAGAUUUGACACCGGUAUUUCAGAUUGACUUAUGUGCGUUAUCCAAAGUUUGAUGAAGUCAGACAUUCUUUCUCGUGCAAACUGAAGCUUAUUGAAAUUAUCGCUACUUUUUGUUUUCAUUAUUCUAAAUACGAGAAGGAAGCUAACUGUAUUGAUCAGAAUUCCUCUUUAACAUCCCUCAUGGCGUUGUAUUUUUCACAAGAAAGAGAACAAUACAAAAUUGAUGACAAAUAAAGUGUUUUUUUUAUAUUUGACGUAAUGCGCUGUUGUUUGAUCUGGCGCAGGCUGCUAUUGUUAACGCGUAGAUUAUCCUAAAUUAUACUGUGCUUGUA